AUGCAGGGAUGCUGGGUGGUACCAGGGAAUCGCUGGCCCCAAUUGAAGGGCGAGCUAAACUUCGGCUUCGGCUCCAUUACCGUAAAGGUAUACAAAUCGGAUGCGCCGGCCGGAGGAGACCCUGCUGUCUGCAAAAACACAGCCGAACAGGCUCCUCCUGCGGAGAUCGGAGCAACCGAUGAGGAGCUGGAGCCUGGCUACACGUCGGACACGUCGACUCUGACUCGGGGCCUUGAGGCCAUGUGUCACGAGUUAGACGAGGACGAUUUUACGCUGUCGGACGAGGGCGACAGCAACAACACUGUGGUGAGGGGGAAAUCUCCGGAUGUCCUUGAGACUACGGCAGAUAAACCUUCACCACAUAAUGAUGACAACACAGCGGUAAGCCUGGAGCUCCAGUCAGCUUCGGUAAGGCUACUGUCUGUCUACAUGGCCUACGACAGCGCCGGCCCACCACCAGACGAGACUACAAGAUCCCUCGUCCAGGAGUGCGAGAAGCACAGCAUUGGCCUAAUCAUAGGCUGUGACGCCAAUGCUCACCACACCCAGUGGGGGAGUACGGGCACAAAUCCGAGGGCAUCCAUUGACCCCAGGCUUAUGUCGGAGUCUCAACAUGCCUACAGGAAGGGCAGAUCCACAGAUACUGCCCUCCACUCUGUGAUCUCCAUUAUAGAGAAAUCCCUACUUUAUAAAGAGUACACCCUUAUAGCGUUUCUCGACAUUGAGGGCGCCUUUAACAACGUCACUCCGGCAGCCAUAACUGCAGCUCUGCUGAACCUGGGGUUUGACACCGGUCUGGUGGGCCUGAUCAGUCAAUUGCUUACUUGCAGGACUGUGACAUCCACACUAGGGUCGUCAACUCUCUCCAGGUUCGUGAGCAGAGGUACGCCACAAGGAGGCGUCCUGUCACCCCUACUAUGGAACAUAGUAAUUAACAAAGUGCUGUGGGACAUGGAGGGGGGCGGCUGCAAAAUGGUUGCAUAUGCUGAUGACGUUGCAGUAAUUUUCAGGGGAAAAUACCCACAAACUCUUUGUGACCUCAUGACUAGUAAACUAAAAAUACUGUCAUGCUGGGCUCAAGAGAGUGGAUUAGGGGUAAACCCCAAUAAAACGGAACUUGUUCUUUUUACAAGGAACUACAAGGUCCCUUCUCUUGUCCCACCCAGACUAAAUAAUGUAAAUCUACUUUUCAAAGACAGUGCCAAUUUCCUUGGAUUGACACUAGACAGAAAACUAGAUUGGAACCUCAAUACCCAAACACGGGUUAAAAAGGCAACAGUCGCCCUAUAUACGUGUAGGAAAUCCAUUGGGCUGAAAUGGGGUAUGUCCCCAAAUAUCGUUCGAUGGUUAUACACAUCCAUAGUCAGACCUAUACUUUUGUAUGGCGUCGCAGUAUGGUGGCCCUGUUUAAAAAAGAAAACCACCCUUUCUAAACUAAACAAGGUUCAGCGUAUGGCUGAACUAUGCAUAUCGGGGGCGCUUCGUACCACACCUAGUGAGGCACUUGACGCUAUCCUGGACAUUCCGUGUCUGGAAAGACAAGGAAUGGAAAAUGCAACACUUACGGCCAUAAGACUCAGAGAAUCCCUCGCCUGGACUACUCAGAGCACUGGUCAUGCCUCUAUCUUAGAAGGGAAACCGACCAUCCCUUCUAAAACAGAUUACUGCGUGCCAGUAACACAAUUGGGAACACCCUUCAACACAUACUUCCCUCAAAGGGAAGAAUGGGUUCAUGGCACCCCCGGUCCACCGGCAACCAUAACCUUCUUUACAGAUGGCUCGAAGCUAGACAACCGUGUAGGCGGAGGGGUCUACUCCGAGCAACUCAAUUUACAGUUAUCCUUCAGCCUUCCAACACACUGUAGUGUUUUUCAAGCUGAGGUACUGGCCAUAAAGGAAGCUUUAGACUGCCUAGAUAGGCUCAAAGUCAGCCCUGGCUACAUAAAUAUAUAUAUUGACAGCCAGGCAGCAAUUAAAUCAAUCAGUUCGAUAUCUUCCAAUUCGAUAUCAGUAACAAGCUGCCGCAAAUCUCUACACGAGAUGGCUAAACAGCAUGUUAUUAGCCUGAUAUGGGUUCCUGGUCACCAGGACAUUGAAGGCAACUGCAAAGCCGAUGAGUUAGCUAGGAAAGGUACCAUACUGCCGCUCCUCACGGACAAGGAAGGUAUUAGUAUGCCUCUAGCUACCUGUAAGCUCAAUAUCAGGGAGGAGCAUAGGCGCAGGUCAUGCAAAAAAUGGCAAAAUGCCACCUGUGCCCGCAUAGCACACCAGACAUGGCCAAGCAUUGACUCCAAGCGCAGCAAAGAGCUGUGCAGUCUGAGUCGGACUAACUGUUCCGCAGUGAUCCGGGCUCUAACUGGGCACUGGCUGGUUGGCAUUCAUGCCAAUAGACUCCAGGUGCCACACAAUGACUUUUGCAGAAGCUGCAAAGAGGAGGAAGAAGUUGAAUCUCCGGAACACUUUUUCUGCCUCUGGAAACUACUCCCUAAAUGGUUUAUCGGAGCUCCGAUAUAUGAGACUGGCCAAGAUAGCGAAAUUCAUAAACGCAUCGG